AUGGCAGCGGAAAUGUCACAUUCGGCUUCGAUGCCUGUCAUCAGUGUGUCACAGGUGAGUACUGUAUUUUUUUGAAAAAAUUUUUGAAUUUUUUAGGAUAAGCAUGGGGGUAGGGCUAAAAUAGAAAAAAAAAGAUUAGUUCACCAGUAAGCUAGUCUAGGCUUGGGCUUGUGCUCACAAAUAAGCUUAAACUCAGGUUUUGACUUUGGUUUAAGCUAGCUAGGUUAUAUGUACUUUAAGUUUAAGAUACUCUAGGCCAUGCGUAAGGUUUAGAUUUUGGUUAAGCCGAGGCUAACUUUGUGCUAAUGCUAGCUAGGGCUGUGGGCUAGGGCUGUGGGCUAGGGCUGUGGGCUAGGGCUCUGGGCUAGGGCUCUGGGCUAGGGCUCUGGGCUAGGGCUCUGGGCUAGGGCUCUGGGCUAGGGCUCUGGGCUAGGGCUGUGGGCUAGGGCUGUGGGCUAGGGCUCUGGGCUAGGGCUAGGGCUCGGGGCUAGGGCUCUGGGCUAGGGCUCUGGGUUAGGGCUCUGGGCUAGGGCUCUGGGCUAGGGCUCUGGGCUAGGGCUCUGGGCUAGGGCUCUGGGCUAGGGCUAGGGCUCUGGGCUAGGGCUUUGGGCUAGGGCUCUGGGCUAGGGCUUUGGGCUAGGGCUCUGGGCUAGGGCUCUGGGCUAGGGCGCUGGGUUAGGGGCUCUGAGCUAGGACUCUGGGGAACACUUUUUUUGACCUUUAUACACGCUUAAACGUGUUCGCACGCUUUAUUUAUAAAACUAAACAUUUAAAAAGCAAGAAAAACACGUUACUAGGGAGAGAAACAAGGAAACAAUAUUUUGUUCUUUGUCCAAAUGCCUUAUUUCUUAAUAUUUAGUGCUUAUUUCAAUUAAAAUCGUUUUAGUCUAUCAAAAAUAUAUCUAAAUUCUAGACUACUUAAUUAAGAGCCACCUAAAUUUUAAUUUAUAUCUUGGUAAUGAAGAUUAAAAGAGCUGUUUUGUUUUGUUUUCCUUGCUUUUACAAUAACAAAAAGACAAAAAAUGGUGUAAGUUUUAAAAAUUAAAUUAAACUUUUUGAAACUUCGAACGACAACUCGUAUUUUACAAAAAAAAUGUCAUUUUGAAUUAUUAGGUGCCGACAUAAAGAACCCGCCACUUUUUACAGGAAAGUACAGGCAACAUAUGGCGGGUUCUUUAUGUCGGGGCCUAAUAUCUAAUCUAAAAACUAAAAGAAAACAUGUUGUCUACAAGGGCGGGCGGGGGCUUUUGGUCUGGGGGCGGGGGUCGAAAAAGUCCACAGGGGGGGGGGGGACCACGUUCAACUUUUUUCGAAAUUUUUUUUCCCGGUGGGGUUUUAAGAGCUCUAAACUAUCCUUUCUAAACCCACAACCCUAGCUUAUUUUUAACCUUUAAAUCUGAAAGUUUUUAAAAUUAAAAAAAUUUUUUUUUAUUUUUAAAUUUUUUAACUGCUCCUUUCAGCCCUCCCACGGUAACCACCCCACGCACAGUGUGUCGACGGCACAUUUCCCAAAAAUCGACGAAUUUCCUUUACCGGCGAGCAAAUCACAGCUGGGCGAUUGGAAGGAAGAGGAUGAUGGAUGUGACGAAGCUCAAGACAUUGACUUUACUACUGAACAGGAGAUCCUUAAAAAACGUAAGAGAUAUAAAAAAUGGCAUGGGUUUUGGUUUUUUAGUUUUUUUUCUUUUUAAAAUUACUUUAAGUAACAAAAAUUUUUAAGUUUAGGUAACAAAAAAAAAUUUUUUUGAUUUUUAACUAAUGAAAAGUAACAGAAACUCAAAAAAAAAAUGAUUUUUUUUUAAAUUUUCAAUUGAUGAAAAAUAGCAGAAACCCAAAAAAUUAGAAGUUUAGGUAACAAAAAUAUUUUUUUUUUAUUUUUAACUAAUGAAAAAUAGCAAAAUUCAAAAAAAAAACAUUUUUUAAGUAACAAAAAUACAAUUUUUUGAAUUUUAACUGUUGAAAAAUAGCAAAAAACUUGAAAAAGUAAUUUUUAGGUAACAAAAAUUUAAUUUUUUUUAUUUUUACUUAAUGAAAAAAAGCAGAAACCCAAAAAAUAGAAGUUUAGGUAACAAAUUUUUCAAAACUUCAAUUUUUAGCCAAAAAACUUCAAAAAAUCUUCCAAAACAGUGACACUUUGCAAGUAGAUGGAUCUUUGACCCACGGUUCCUCCAAAUCCUCAAUGUUAGACGACGCCGAAAUGAACGAGGAUGAUACAAUAAACGCAUUAGACGAAUUGGACAAAGAGGAUAUGGAAGAUUACACUAAUCAACAACAAGCAGUUGACAGCAAUAACUAA